AUGUCUCGCCAAUUUUCGUCCGCUGCACGAGCUCUAAUUACGUUUUUGUGGGACGGCACAAGCAAAGACACAGCCUGGGAGACAGCUGCUAGACAGUGCAUCGAGAACAACACUAAGCUUCCCACAAUCGAGGUCGCAAAAGUCAAAGGUGAACCCCACAAAUCCAAAGAUCCAAAAGAACACGUUUCAAUGGUUCUUUAUGAUAACAACGAUGUCAGAGUGACUUCGGUCCAUGUGUACAAGGAUGGCACAGGAAAAUUCUCCAAGGGCAAGUUCAACUAA